AUGUCGAGAAAAUUGAAAACUUUGCUGAGGAAGCAGGUGUCCUUCGCCGGGCGAAGCUUCGACGCCGCGGAGGAGGAUGAGAAAGUCGAAGCGAGGAGGAGGUCGGCGAUGAGAAGCGCCAAGAGCUACGUAGCCGAGGACGUUGUCGUGCAUAGGAAGAACUUGAGGCACCGACACAGAACGACACUGGGCGUACUCGAGGAUGUUAUCAGGUGUCCGAUAUGCGAGCAAAUCAUGCAGUCCCCCCGGAUGCUGCCGUGUCAGCACACGUUUUGCAAAAAGUGCCUCGAAUGGAAAUUCGACGAGGAUCCGAGGAACAAGGAGAACGUGCUGCGGUGUCCAGUGUGCAAAGCGGAAGCGAAAAACUUUACGCGCGACAAUCUGCCGCCUAACUUGAGCAUCGAAAGCGUCCUUCGAGCAGUCGAUGGUUCUUUCGUCGAGGCCAGGCCUCGGAGUUUGCACUUGAACUUUGCGCCCCUGUCCAUCGAGGCCAGACAUAAGAGCACGAGGUGCUCCAAGUGCGAGACGGUGGGCGAGCCCGUCGACCUCUGCCAGCACUGCAACCAGGUUUUCUGUCAAGUUUGCGAGGUGCAGCACGUAGCUCAGCUGAAGGAGCACUUUGAAAAAAUAAUCGACCAACUGCAGGCCACCAGCAACAAAUUGGAUCACCGGGUUGUUGAAUUCAAGGAAAAGACGGAUAAUCUGAAAAACGCAAUCACGAAGGAGUUUGACGCAAAAAUAGCUGCCCUUCACGAGGAGAAGAGUAAAAAAUUGUGCGCCGUCGAUGAUUUCAGGAGCAAAGGCGAAAACACGGCGGCAGAGCUCAAACGACGAAUACUCGAGUGGCAAGUCGAGCUGGCAAGGCAAAGCGAAAAUUUCGAUAGCAUCGACAACGAUAAGGAUAAGGUCGAAAAGUUCCUGGAGCUGCACCGGAAGACCACGGAAAUGAUUUCGAGCGCGUCGAGCUGGCAGACAAGGCUCGACGACAUGGUCGAGACGAAGACCAUGGGGAUCGGUAGGAUCCACGACAAGGAGAUGAGCCCCAAGGCUUUGCAGAGACCAAAGCUGAUCUACGACAAGAAGGAGCUCCAGCGGCCGUCGGGCAUCGCGCUGGACCCGCGCCGGGGCGAGAUCUACGUGACCUGCUCGGGAAGCGCGGCGGUGCUCGUCUUCGACGGCCAGUACAAGCUGACGCGUAAAAUCCAAAACGCGAAGCUCAUGGCGCCCCAGGGCGUGGCCUACGUCGAGAGUCUGCACGAAGUCUUCGUCACCGACAAGUGGAAGCACGCGAUCUACGCGUUCAACCGCAAGGGCCAGCUGGUCCGCGAGAUAGGCGGCAAGGGCAGCUCGAGGGGUAAGUUCCGGUGUCCGGAGGGCCUGGCCGCGCUGCAAUCGCGCAACUGGAUCUACGUCGCGGACACGGGCAACGACCGCGUCCAGAUCAUCGGGGUCGACGGGGCGUACAAGGGCGGAAUCGGACCGGCGGACAACCGAGCUGACAGCGGCGCGGUCCUCGCGAGCGUCCACUGCUUCAAACAACCCACCGACGUCGCCGUCUCGGCCAACGCCGUGGUCGUCGCCGACUGCGGCCACAACAAGAUCAAGGUUUUCAACCACAGGGGCCACCUGAUCUUCUCGAUCGGCGGCUUGGGGACGUUCAAGGGCCUCUUCAAGUCGCCGGAGGUGGUGCAGCUGGAUAACAGCGGCAACAUCUACGUGGGCGACUCGGAGAACGGCCGGGUGCAGGUGUUCUCGCCGGCCGGCUCGUACCUGCGGAGCUACGGCGUUCAAGGCACGCUGGUCGGGCACUUUGGCCUGGUGUCCGGGAUUUUGGUGCUGCCGAGCAACGACAUCCUCGUCUCCGACGGCAAGAGGAACACCCUGGAGCUGCUGUGAAAAACCGUUUGCUCGCGGUGACGGGCCUCGCCAAUCGUCUGUUUCAAACAUCAUAUAUAUUAUGUACGAUGCAAUAA